AUGCGCGAUUCGAUGAACACCUACAACAACAUGGUCAACAGAUGUUUCGCCACUUGCAUUAGAAGUUUCCAGGAGAAGAAAGUCAACGCAGAAGAGAUGGACUGUACUAAAAGAUGUGUGACGAAGUUCGUGGGGUAUUCUCAACGGGUGGCGUUGCGGUUUGCGGAGCACAACGCUGAGCAGGCCAAGAUUUUGCAAGAUAACGAAUCGAGGGGAAAUACGGCGGAGUUGAGCUAG